GCCCUAGAAAAGGAUACCAGCUUUAAAAAUGGAGGGGAAGAGCAAGCAUUAAGACGUUGGCGGCGCCAAAGAAAACGGUGUCAAAACAAAUGGCUACUCUCGAAGACGAUGAAGCCGAUAUAGAUCCCGUUAAAAUGAUCUUGCCUGAUGAAGAAGGUGAACCGGAGAAGCUCACUACGGUAGGCGACGGUGCAGCGAGUCAACAAGUGGAGCAGCAUUACAUCCGUUCAAUCGAAUCAACGGUUGUGAUUAGACAACUCCCUUCCGAAGGGCUUUCAUUCCAGCUUUGGCCAGCUGCUACUACCCUCGUCACGCUCCUCGAUAACUACCUCCGUCACCCUAGCACAAGCCCUCUAACAGCCACCCUAUCAACUGACCGGAAACUAAAAAUCUUAGAGCUCGGUUCAGGUACCGGUCUCGUUGGAAUCGCAGCGGCCGUCACGUUGGGAGCUAACGUGACGGUGACAGACUUGCCACACGUCAUCCCCAAUUUGAAAUUCAACGCGGAAGCAAACGCUGACGUGGUGACUAAAAGAGGUGGGACCGUUGACGUGGCACCGUUGAGAUGGGGAGAAGAUGAUGACGUGGAGGUUAUCGGGCGGGAAUUUGAUCUCGUUUUGGGUUCUGAUGUGGUUUACCAUGAUCAUCUAUUUGAGCCGUUGAUUAAAACGCUGCGUUUGCUGUUGAAUGGAGGAACAAAAAGGAGAGUUUUCGUUAUGGCUCAUUUGAGAAGGUGGAAAAAGGACUCUGUCUUCUUCAAGAAAGCAAAGAAACUGUUUGAUGUUGAGAUUUUACAUACAGAUCCUCCCAAAGAAGGGUCUCGAAUUGGAGUUGUUGUUUAUGCUUUUAUUGGGAAAAUUUAAUGUUUGAUUGUUGUUUAUUUGGGGAAUUUACCAAAAAAUUGUCGACGAAGUCGAUGAAAUUGGUGUGUUAAAUUCGAUGGUUUGCUUCUUCUUUUUCUAUGUUAAUUGGAGUUGAUAAUUGUCUAAUCUAAUUUUGUUUAAUAUGUGUUUGAUGAUUUACCAAAAA